AUGCAAGGAGUGCUACAAGAAGCCUCUUGGCGCAUAUGUAUCUUGACCACGCCGGCUUCAGCUCUUCUUCAAAGAGCAAUGCUUGAGUGCUGGCUUGAGACACCGUUUGCUUUUCUUCCUGCUGGUAGGAGCCUUUUACUUAUCAGAGAGCUAUUCGGGAGCAAGGCAUGGCUUGCAUUUCAAAUACUAGCUAAGAAGCACCACUCGAUUAUUACUUGCUGUUGGUAUCCGUAUCACAGGGUAAUUGAUUCGAACCGUGAGUUGACGAAGAGGUCAAUUGAUCUAUAUGAGCCACCUAUAGUCCUCAUGACGCUUCAUACGCCCAGAGGCGCCUUUUGUCUCUCCCCUCAACACCCUCAAAGCAGAACUGAGAUCCUCGCGGGGACCAUCAUGCUACAGACGGCAAUCCGGCUUUAG